AUAAAAGCCACUGUUCUUUCGGUUUUGGUUUUCAAAGACCUCCAAGGGUUGCUUACGUUCGGUUCGCAUUUCUCUUCUCUCUUAUAUAACAUUCUCUUGUACGGAUCCUUAAGUUUUUUCCCUACUUUCCUUUUUUGGUGUCAUCAGUUGUUAUUUAUUGUAUAUCUCAACUACUUUUUUAUUAUUUUGUACAGUUAUCCUGAGUUCGGAUUUGAUAUUUUUCAAUAAUUUACAAAAAAGUGUUAAAAGUUUUCUUCCUUAUAAACAAAAAUAAAACGACAACACGCAACAACAAAACAUCAUAAACACACUAUAAAUCCUGCGUUUUGCUAUUUUUCAACAUUUACACACUUGCCAUCACAGGACAUUACUAUUCUACAAACUUAGAUAUUGUGUUCAGUUUUGUUAAGUUUAAUUUUUGUUGAAACAAAAAAAAAAUACAAAAAAAAAGUUUCCAAAGGACCCAUCGUUAUAUUAGAAAUAAAAAUACUAAACAAGGACGAAACUUAUAUACGGUGUACUUUAUGAGAAUUAACGGAUUUUAUUUGUGUCGUCCGAAAAAUUAUACAACGAAAAAAUAAUUACAAAAAAAAAAGUGUCGUGAACUUUACAAAAAUCAUUAAAGGACUUGAAUCCCUGUGAGAACGAAAAUAUAAUAAAAAAAAAAACAACGAAAAAGAAAAAUAAACAAAUUUUAAAUGCCUGAAGGAAUAAGGAACUCUGUCCAAAGAAAAAAACGGGCACAGGAAGUAAAAAUGCAAAAAAUCCUACAAGCAAAGUAGUAUUACUCUCGGUCGGUAUUCGAAAGAAAAUAAAAAGAAAUAACAACUAAGAAAAAGAAAAAGCUAAAAAAAAACGAAACGAAAUUUCUCCCCUUCUCGAUGUUUCAACGAUUUUGAUCCUGGAGCAGGAGCCAAGAGUACAAGCGAAUCCUUCCUUUUUUUAUUCGUUUAAUCCUCUUACUCCUUUUUAUUGUUGGUUUCGUUGCAUUUCCUACUACUACAGCUUUUUGUCUACUCCAUCGCUAUUGCCAUCAUCAUUAUUUAAUAGUUUUUGCAAGUUGAUUCUUAUUUCUAUAAUUAUUAUAACAUGCCACGCUGUUUAAUGGCUAAAAAAUGGAAGGCAUAUCCUUGGCCCGACCGAACUGAAUCCAAACACAUAAGCAACAGCAUCAGCUGCAACAACAACAAUAACAAUAAUUCACAAAUUUUGGAUGACGAGGAGGACGAUUCCUCAUCCGAGUGCAAUUUGCAAAUUGUCAUUGAAGAAAAAAUUCCAACAACACCAACAACGAAUCAACAAAGUGUGAUUGUUGAUUUACCAAUAAGUGUUGAUGACGACGAAGAAAUUGAUGUUGUUGGUGAUAAUACAUCGGCGACAUUAAUUCAUGGAAAACAUCAGCACCAACAUCAACAUCAGCAUCAACAACAAUUAGAUCAACGCACAACAUCAUCAACGACAACAACAGCAUCAGCUACAACAGCAGCAGCAUCUUCUACAACGCCAUCUACCUGUUGGGGUCCAUCUUCACCAACAGCGGGCGCCACGGCACCUAGUCCACCUCCCCAUUCACCGGAAGCUGCAACGCGUGGUUCAACAACUUUAUAUAAUGGAUAUGGUCACGACGUAUCGCCAAUGCACUUCACUGCGUACCUGCCACGAAUGGAGAACGAAGUAACCGUUAUCACAUCACAUCCGCCCCGACCCCCAUUGGCGUCACCGACCUCUAAUUCCUCUCAAUAUUCCUAUCAGACAAAUUCUUCUUCUUUGUCUUCGCCAUCCUCACCCUCGAAUUCGUCGGAUCGCUUUAGUCCGCCUAUGAUUCGCAUUAAGACCGAGUACGACAACGACUUACAUCACAAUAACAACAACGUUAAUAGAAAAUCCCUAGCCAUGUGCUUUACAAGCACAGGAGCAGCUCUGUCAUUGCCUCCAAAGAAAAAGGACAUUUACCGGCCGUAUUCGCUGGACGAUAGGCCAUCGGCCAUUGAUCGCAUUCGAACCUAUGAAAUGCGAAUACCGGCUGAGGAGGAUUUGCAUGCAGCACAUGCAAUUCUGGAUCUGAGUGCGUCAACAGCCUUCCAUCCACCAACGCAACCGCAUCAGUUGCAACAACUUCAGCAACAACAGCCAGCUCAUCAUUUGCAUCAUUUGACGCAUGCGAUACAGUUGCAACAGCAGCAGGAGGAUGACGACGAACGCCCCGAUAGCCAACUAUCGAUGCAUAAUGGACAUGUACCUGAAGUUGACUGCAAGAGUGGUCCCAUUCAGAAUGAAAACAGCAACACGACGAACAUUGGGGCGCAACAAAUCGGUUCGUGUUCCAGUAGCCCGGGCACUCCACAGCCCGGUGCCAAGACCGUUGCCUACACAUACGAAGCCUUCUUCGUUAGUGAUGGGCGUUCAAAGCGGAAAAACGCAACCGAUCCGGCUGCCGCAGUAAUCGUGCCCGAGCACAAGGCAAAGUACACAUGCACAGAAUGUGGCAAGCAAUAUGCAACAUCCAGCAAUCUGUCGCGGCACAAACAGACUCAUCGCAGUUUGGACUCCCAGUCGGCGAAAAAAUGCCACACCUGUGGCAAGGCCUAUGUGUCCAUGCCGGCCCUGGCGAUGCACGUUCUCACGCACAAACUCUCACACAGCUGCGGUGUCUGCGGCAAGCUCUUCUCCCGGCCCUGGCUUCUCCAGGGUCACCUUCGAUCGCAUACCGGCGAAAAGCCCUAUGGUUGCGCCCAUUGUGGCAAAGCCUUCGCCGACCGUUCCAACCUUCGAGCACACAUGCAAACACAUUCGAUAGACAAGAACUUCGAGUGUAAGCGCUGUCACAAGACCUUCGCUCUUAAAUCCUACCUGAACAAACAUCUCGAAUCGGCCUGUUUGAAAGACGAAGGCUCCUCCGAUUACUCCGAUCCCAUGAGUCCCGAACCACCAUCAUCGAUGAUGCUCGAUAUGGUCAAAAGCAGUCCGAUCAGAACAACACCAGUUAAAAUCGAAGCCUCCUACGGUGGGUAACAAUGUGAGGAUACCGUUUCCUCUAACAUCAAUUCCGAUUCCAGUAAAGAUUCCUGCAUUUACGGUUUUGUUCGAGUAAUGCGGUAAGAAAGCUGAUUUAAAAAAACAAAUGUUAAUUUUAAAUUCUAAUACAAAAGAAAAAAAAAGUUAUAUAAAUUAAAUUUUUAAAAAACAAAUUUGCAGAUAAUUAAAAAACAAAACAAAAAAUUAACCAAAAAAGUUAAAAACACUCAAAUGACAAUAUAUCUUGUAUAAAUGUAUUUAAGUUAUUUAUAAAUUUUAAUUUAAGUAAUUUUUAAUUUUAUUUAUUUAAACAAAAAAAAUCAAUUAUCUUUUUUACAAAAGAAUUGUUUAAUUUUUUGUAACACAAAGAUCAUAAUACGUCCAUCCUACAACAAAAACAAAACCAAAUUUCGAACGGUUCGCAAAGUCAAAAUACAAUUAUUUGUGUAAUAGGAGUAAUAUGUUCAAAAUGGCGUAGCGAGCGAAUUCGAUUUUUGAAUAUGUGGGGAAUUUUAGUGUGUAGAUUCUAGUCACAUUAUUUUUUAAGUUUUAUUAUUUAUUUAAAUUAAUUUAUUUAUUGUAGAAUAAUUUAUUUAUUUUAUUAUUUGUGUAAAAAUAUGUGUUUGUUUUCAUUGUGAAUACUUAUUUAUUUUAGUUUUUAGAGGAAUUAAUUUAUUUUUUAGUAAGAGUCCCUUUUUUGUACUGAAUAAGAACUCUAUGUUAGGCUUUUUUGCGGUCUUUUAGCUUAAAUAAAACAAAUAUUUUGAAGAAGAAUGAAAGUUGGUUAUUUUUUUUUUCAAAAUAUUCCAUACAUGUCUUCAGAUUCAAUUUGAUAACUAAAUUUCAAUCAAACCAGAAUAAUAACUUCAAAAUUUGGUACAAAAGUCCCAAACUGUUUUAUUAAUUUAAACAUUUUGGGACGAAAAUUGUUCAAAACUCAUAAGCUUGUCUUAGAUCUUGUUAAACUAUUAAUUUUUGGAGUAAAUAGAAAAAAAGUGGUCUUCUAUAUCGCCCGAAUUUGAUGACAUACAUACAUUAUUUCAAAAUAAUCCUGGAACAGCUUAUUUUUUUCAAAAUAAGUUCGUAAAGCACUGCAUUUUGAAGACAAAAACAAUCAAAAUAUUCGUAUAAAAAAUUGUACGAAUGAAUAAAAAAAUAAUUUUGUUUUUGAAUUUCUUGUGUCAAUUUGGAAUCGGUCCCAAAAUGAUUCUAUGGAAGUGAAAAAAGGAUAUAAAUUCGAAAAAUUACCAACUUUCAUCUUCUCCCUCUCUUUCUACCUGAAUCUCCUCUCUAUAACUCUGUCGCUGUCUAUUCUAUCACUUACCCUUCUUCUCACCCAAAUUUGUGUACAUUUGAAUUUCAUCAAAAUAGCAGCAAAAGCAAUGAAGAAUUUUUUGAAAAAAAAAAAAACAAA